AAUAUUAGAUGUAAGAGGUUCACAACAGUUGAGUCGUCAUUGCAAAUGAGGAAUAUCCUGCUAUCAAUUGAAGGGGACGGAGAGUGCUGGGGACACACCAGUUCCAAUCUGCACGUCGAGUCGAACUGAACACGUAAAAAAAAAACAAAUCUAGGCGAAGACAGCAAUGUUCGGCCGCAUCCUCAUCAUAGUGUGCCUGAGUCUCCGCUUCGCGAACUCUCUGCCACCGGAUAAGGCCCCAAUCCACAUAAUCAAGGCAAGAAGUAUAGACCUGAACAAUGCUCACGGCCUAGCCAUGGAGACUCGUCUCGACAAGGUGGUAGAGCCGGUCGGGUACCGCCUGGACCUCGAGCCGUACCUCGAAGACGGGCUCUUUAAAGGGCACGUGGCUAUCAAUGUGACCUGGCUGAAAGAUGGAAACGAGAUCAACGUGCACUGCGCACACGAAAUUGAAAUCUUAGAGUCAGAAGUUAGAGCUCAUUUUCCUGAUGACACUAAGGAGUCCAGAAGAAUAACAAUCAACAAACUGCUAAUGGAUCCCAAAAAGCCAAUAGCUACCCUUUACCUGGAGAGGACAGUUCCUAAGGGUUCCACUGGAGUUAUAAAGUUCAGCUUCAAAGGUAAUCUGGAAACAUCGUCCACUGAAGCCUUCUUCAAAACCACCUAUAUGACAGACCAGGAAGUGGAAAGAAUCGUAGCCGCUACUCAAUUGCGACCAAACAAUGCUCGUCGUAUGUUCCCGUGCUUUGAUGAGCCGGGGUACAAGACACCGUUUGAGCUGAGUGUUGUGAGGCCAAGGAACAUGGUCGCUCUGAGCAACGUACCCGUCGCUAGGACCGAGAACAUACCUGAUGAGCCUGAUGCGGUUUGUGACCACUUCGAGAAGACUCCACCAAUGUCCACGUUCACUCUUGGGCUGGUCAUAGCUGAUCUGAAGCAGCUGGGCAACUCCACCCACAUCAAGGAUGAUUCUGGCAAUGAUCUUGAGCUCCGUGUCUGGGGUCGCCCUGAGUACCUCGAGGCUCUGGAAGGAAUAGACGAAAAGGUCGCGCGGGUGUUCAAGGAGUUGGCUGCCAUCUGGAAGGUGCCGCUGCCUUUGCGGAGGUUAGAUAUCGUCGCGUUGCCCAAUUACCAGGGAGUCAAGCCUGCUGACAACUGGGGACUUAUUGUAUUCAGGGAGAGCGAUCUAAGCAGCCGUGGCUACAUCCAGCUAGCUCAGGAGUUGUCAUACCAAUGGCUGGGAGCAUUCACUACCCCAGCAUGGUGGUCUGAUGCGCACCUCAAUAAGGCUCUUGUCGGAUAUAUUGCUGCCGCUACUGCCUUUAAGAUCAACAACGGCUCUGAGAUGGAAGGCAAAUGGCCGCUCACGGUCCUGUACUCCCUGUACUACGAGUUCAGCAAGCGCUACCCUCACUCCCGCAUCACCGGCAUGAAGCAAGAGACGGCCUGCACCAAGAUCGAGCUGGUCUUCCGCAUGUUCAACUACACGCUGGGAGAGGAGACCUUUAGGAAGGGAUUGAGGAAGUUCCUGGAUUCGCGUAAAUUCAAAACAUUCUCUGGCGAUGAUAUCUGGGACGCUCUGAACACAGCGGCAGUAGAAGACGGUAAGAUACCAAAAGAUGUGGAGAUCAAGACUGUUGCGAAGAGCUGGAUCGAGAAGGACAGACUGCCACUCGUUAAUGUAGUGAGGCAGUAUGAUAGCAACACAGCUGUUGUUAGCCAGAAAGUGUAUCUCCGUGAGCGGCCACACGACGUGCCGGAAGCCGCGAAGAUGUCGUGGUGGGCGCCUGUGGUCGUCGUCCACGAGGACUCGCUGGACCUUAAGAAUACCAACCCUGCUGCCUGGAUGAAGGACAGGAAGGAGUUGAAGAUUGCCGACAUGCCUGGGAAAGACAAGUUCAUUGUCGUUAACCCUGAAGAAAUCGCGCCUUACCCCGUAAAUUACGACCAAGACAACUGGAAUCUCCUCUCGAAAUUCCUGCAAAGCAAUAACAGACAGAAGAUGCCAGAACUAACCAGAGCGAAGCUUCUGCAUGACGCAUGGAACCUAGCAUAUGCCGGGGAACUGUCCUUCGCUACCGCUUUCAACAUGACUUUAUUCCUGAAGCAUGAAAGGCACCACUUAGUUUGGGACCCAGUAUUCACAAUGAUCGAUCAUAUCGGCAGACAUAUCUGUCAAUGUCUCCAAGGAAAGUUCCAGGCUUACGUCAGGAUUCUUCUUAGUCCGUUAUACGAGGAGUUAGCUAAAGACGAGAAAGAGGAGGAGGAGACUUGGCGCAAGAACCUCAGGUCUCUGACGAAGACAUUCCUGUGUCAAGCCGGAUACAAGCCCUGCAUCAGAGAGGCACAGGAGCAGUUUAACAAGUGGAUGCAGGCUAAGAACCCUGAUGAAGGCAAUCCCUUAUCAAACCAGUACAUAUGCCCAGUAUUCAAGUGGGGUACAAUGAAGGAAUGGGAGUUCGGUCUCCAGAGGGUCAUCAACUUCCCCUCAUCGAGGAAGCAAAGCGAGAGGACGUACCUCCUGAAGACCUUGGCAGGCUGCCCCGAGUCUGAAGUCAAGGUCAACAAACUGCUAAACAUCACGAUGUUGGAGGGCAACGGGAACUUCUCGGAGACUGACAUGUUCUUAAUAUUCAGUAUGCUGACAGGAUCCUCGUCAGGGUACACUACUCUGUUCAACUUUUUAAGCAAUAAUUGGGAAGUUUUGAAAGAGAGAUACUCAAGCAGAACAAACCUAUGGGACAACCUUAUCACAUCAGCGACUUCUGGUUUUACCACCGACGAGGGUCUUGAACUGGUCUCUCACCUCUACGUGACCCAUCAAGGAGAGUUCGGAUCGGCAGAGCAUAUCAUAGAAAAGUCCAUGAGGAACAUCAGAGAGGAGGCGAAGUGGUCGGCAGAGAACCUGCCUGUCAUCGACGCGUGGCUUGACCAGUAUUUAGCAAACACCAACAUAAAAGAUGAUAAAUUUAUUGAUAAUUAAUUAAAAUUUAUGUUU